UCCGAAAACAAAAACGCUCAAAAGAACUAUUAAGUGUUAUAAAAAAUUGCAAACUAGUCAGGACGCGGCAGAAGUAUUUAGAAUGACCGUGCAAUUGGCUUAUUUUUUAGAUACGCUUGCCAACAAGACUCCUUAUUUUCCUGAGGAAGCUGCUAAACGUAAAUGA